AUGAAAACCGUCCUAUUCUCAUCUUCAGGGAGCAAGAUAUGCAAAUCUAAAAAGUUUCUCACGUGCAUCGUACCUGUUUCAGGCAGUGCUUUUCCACCCGAAUUCGCUGAUACUAUCCAAAAUGUAACGGUAUCGCUGGGAAGGGACGCAACUUUUACGUGUCUGGUCAAUCAUUUAGGGUGCUACAGGGUUGGUAGGGUGAAAGUGGAUACUAAGGCGAUCCAAGCGAUCCACGAUCACGUAAUAACUCACAAUAACAGGGUCUUGGUAUCUCAUAGUGACCAUACUACGUGGAAUCUUCACAUAAAGAACGUACAACAGGAAGAUGAGGGACGCUACAUGUGUCAGAUUAACACAGAUCCAAUGAAAAGCCAGAGUACUUGCUCAGAGGAUGAACUAAAAAUAGAUAAAAGUGAGAGUUUAAAAACUAAUUGUUGAAUAUAUAGUACAUUUGUAUUACCAACGUGCGAGAGUGAGGGAACGUAGAACAAAAACACACACAUGUAUGUAUCCCAUCCCUAGUAUGUAUGAGAGCGUCACGUGAUGACCUAGGACUCCGUUGAGACAAAAGAGAGAAGUGCAGUGUGAAAUCUCGUGCCCUAGGCCUCCGGCGAGUAACCCACGUAGCGAGCUAAGUUACGUGAAUAUUACAAUGAAGUUCUUUGUAAUACUUCUCUAAAUCAUCGCCAUACUUUAACGUUAGUUAAUUGGGGACGUCUAAUUUCGAACAUUGGUUUAAAUAUUUAACUAUGCAGGAUUUUCCAAUGCAAGAAACGGGUUAUUUAUAGAAUUUAAGCACAAAUCAAACACAUCAAACACAUUUAAUUAGUUGCUAUUUUGAGUAUUAUCAGCAACUAUGAUAAGUAAUCGAAAUCAGAGCUUUCUGCGAUUCUGUGCACAGUUUAACCUAUAGGAUGAAUCGUGGUAAGCCGAGAAACUUGGUGAAAUAAUUAGUUCGAAACUAUUUGGAUCGGUAAAGUUCUCGAAUGCAUGUUGUUGUAGAGCACAUCAAUUCCAAUUAAGUGUACGCCGCUACACGUCCUUCCCGAUUAGUUUACACGAUAUCUUUGCCGUGACUGAUUGGAUUUGCAUACUUUAAUACGCAAUUAGCGUACGAACGAAUGUACAUUCUUAUAAAUAUAAUGUAUCGAACUGUUAAAAAAGAUCUGCAAACUAACGAAUUAUCAUUACCAUUACUUAGUGAAUCUUUAAAUGGCAGAAAUGGAAUAGUAUCGAGUUAUUUUAACGGAACCUGUGUUCAUGUAAUUCUGACUACAAUGCAGUAUUAGUUGAAUUUUUAACUAAUCGACUGCACGAUGAUAUGCGCAUUCUCAUAUUUCUGGCAGUUUCUAAUGAUUUUUAUGACCGGUAUCGUGAUGGAAAUACAUAGCAGCUACGCUAUUGUUACCUAAAAUAUGAAAAUUUGGGAAUGGGGACGAGAAUGGAGACGGAGAGUUAUUAGUUACUUACAAUGUUACAAUUUCUGCAAGUAUCGAAGGUAUUCCUCUAGAAGCUUCAAAAGCACGGCAUACCAGAAAAUCUCACAAGCUGUCUAGUAGUAGUAGUAGAUAGUUCAGGAACUCCCGCUUAUGAACACCUUGGCAAUAACACUUAAGCUUCGAUCAUUUUUCUCGUAGCAAAGAGCAAACUUUUUUAGAUGCUACUUAUUAACCACGUAUAUUUACAUUGCUAUUAACAAAAAUUUUAUCAUAAAUCUGUUAUUAGUAUUUUUUAUUUAAAAAAGUCUCGGUCGAUCCUUUUUUUCUUAUACUUAACAUUAAUAUAAUUUUUUUCCAAUAAUUUGAACAGAGCAUGAGUUAUUUCAGAAUUUGCAGAAUUGUAGAACUUGUUUCCAAUAAAGUUAAAUUCCCUUAUCUAUGAACAAUGACACGCGAUGAUUACGCAGCAAUCUAAAUGCAUAUAAUUUGUAUAUUGCAUAAAAUAAAAUUUGUACUUUUACCUAUUCCAACUUGGUCUCUCUUAGAAGCGUAGAAGGCAAAGAACCUUACAUAAAAUUGACGAGUAGCUAGACGACCCAUUUCCUUUCUAUGUUAAAAAUUUCAACGCAUUCAUGAACACAGAAUUCACGGUGGAAUAAAAUUUCGCUUAAAAAAAAGGGAUAUAAUACAUUUUCGAUUCCAAUAAAGCUAGUAAAAAUUAUGCUAUCCAUGUAAUUGAGAAAUGACUGUAGCGUACUAUUUAAGCAGUCAUGAUGUUUUUGAAAAAUACAAUUCAGAGGAAUCUUUUUCAUAACUUUUAAUGAUCUUUCUUAUAUUUACCAAAUUCUUUGACGUGUUACAUUAAUAAACAUUCCAUAAAAGUGACCUCGAUUAUCUAUUAUUACAAUUACAAUGUAUCUGUUUCUUAAUGUAGU